UCUCUGCUUUCACCUUAGUGUGCAGCUGACCUUACCAUCUGAGUGCACUGCACUGAGUGCACUGGAAGCUGCUAGCGAUCAUACAUGCUGAAUGGAGGCUGAAGUUACGCGGCUGUAAGGGUGCCUGGAAUACUGUAAAUGAAUCUUUGGUUCGUGGAGGACGAGGAGGAGGAAUAUGUUUUAACAAGGAUACAAAAACACUACAGUCUAACUGCGCCAGGACAAGCCACGAUCAGAGGAGAGGCACGUUGCGGAUAUGUCAUCCUCCUGAUGGCGCUCUACUGGUGCACCGAGUGUUUGCCUCUGGCAGUGACGGCCAUGUUGCCCGUGGUCCUCUUCCCCAUGAUGGGCAUCAUGCAGGCUGGACAGGUCAGCAUCGAAUACCUGAAAGACACCAACAUGCUUUUCAUUGGUGGAAUGCUGGUGGCCAUCGCGGUGGAGCAGUGGAACCUCCACAAGCGCAUCGCUCUCCGUGUUCUGCUGCUGGUGGGCGUCCGGCCAGCCCUGCUGAUGAUGGGCUUCAUGAUGGUGACGUCUUUCCUUUCCAUGUGGAUCAGCAACACAGCCACUACCGCCAUGAUGCUGCCCAUCGCCCACGCCGUGCUACUGCAGCUGAAGGCCACAGAGCUUCGGGCUGAGCGCCAUGACCUGCGGGCUGAAGAGAACCGUGCCUUUGAGCUGGAGACCUCGGCACCAAAGCAGGAAGUGACAGAGCAGAAGCAGAGGGAUGCCACGCAGGAUGACGCCAUGCGUGAAGUGGACAGCAUCCCAGAGCCACAGCAGGAGCCCAGCAGGACGUUGGCGGAGGAACAGUAUGAGCAGCUGUCCAAAGGAAUGAGUCUCAGUGUUUGUUACUCGGCCAGCAUCGGAGGCACCGCCACGCUGACUGGAACCACACCCAACCUCAUCCUGAAGGGUCAAGUUGACAAGCUCUUUCCCGGUAACAAUGACGUCAUCAACUUCGCCAGCUGGUUUGGUUUUGCCUUCCCCAACAUGUUUCUGAUGCUGGUUCUGUCCUGGCUAUGGCUGCAGUUCAUGUUCCUGGGCUUCAACCUCCGGCAGACGUUCGGCUGUGGCGCAGCAAGCGAGCGAGACCGGGAGGCCUACGCUGUCAUGAAGGAGGAGUACAGGAAGUUGGGCAGAUUGAAGUUCGCAGAGGGGGCAGUGCUUACCGUCUUUGUCCUGCUGGUGCUGCUGUGGUUCACCAGAGAGCCGGGCUUCAUCGAUGGCUGGGCCACUGUGCUCUUCAACAAAAAGGGCCCCUUUGUUUCAGACGGGACCGUCGCCGUCUUCAUAUCCUUGCUCUUCUUCAUCAUUCCCUCCCGGUUGCCGCGGUGUGGAAGCUACGGCUGCGACGACACAGGUAAGGUGGUUAAGGCUCCCGCCACGCUGCUCAACUGGCGGGUGGUCCACGAGCGAAUGCCAUGGAACAUCGUGCUGCUGCUCGGAGGAGGCUACGCACUGGCCACAGGAAGUGAGGUGUCGGGUCUCUCUACGUGGCUCGGCGAGAGUUUGGCGCCCUUGGAGAAGAUUCCCGCCUACGGCAUCUCACUGCUGCUCUCCCUGAUGGUGGCGACGUUUACGGAAUGUUCCAGCAACGUCGCCACCACCACGCUCUUCCUGCCCAUCCUGGCCUCCAUGGCCAUCACCAUCAAGAUCCACCCGCUGUACGUGAUGCUGCCCUGCACCAUCGCUGCCUCGCUGGCCUUCAUGCUGCCUGUGGCCACCGCCCCCAACGCCAUCGCUUUUUCGUUUGGAAACCUCAAAGUCAUGGACAUGGUCAAAGCUGGCUUCAUGCUGAACAUCAUUGGAAUUGUGACCAUCAACGUAGGUAUCAACACAUGGGGCUUUGCCAUGUUUGACAUGAGCACCUUUCCUCAGUGGGCCAACAUCUCCCUGCCUUAGCUGAGGACACACAGCAGGACGAACAUGAAGACAGGAAAGAUGGACAUGAGGACUGACAAAUGGACAAUAAGACAGUGACUCUGUCUAUAUGUAAACAGCAAAGCUUUUUUUUUACCAAACAUUUUUUGUUCAGCGGAUGACUAUUAUUCUUCCAUUACAAUAUGCACACUCAACAAAAAUAUAAAUGACUGGUUCUCUGAACCGCCAAAAUCCCCCCAGUAAAGUAUAACUGCACGUUUUGUAGUGGCCUUUUAUUGUAGCCAGCCUGUGCAAUAAUCAUGCUGUAUAAUCGGCAUCUUGAUAUGCCACACCUGUGAGGUGGAUGGAUUAUCUCGGCAAAGGAGAAGUGCUCACAAACACAGAUUUAAGCAAAUGUGUGAACAAUAUUUGAGAAAACUAUGCCUGUUGUGUGCAGUGCAUGUAAAACGUUUUAGAUCUCUCGAUGAAAGCUGAGCGCAAAAAACAGAAGCGUUGCGUUUAUACCUUUGUUGAGUGUAUUUCCUAUUUCAUACAGAGCAGUGAUGGAAUGGUAUGAUGAAUGUGUAGAAAUACAGUGAAAUGGUCAAUAGAUUUCAGCGUUGUGUACUGCCGCCAGUGUGCAGGGUGUCAAUCAAACAGCCUAGUGGGUGUGGCUGAUGUACAGGGCAGUUGUGGUUGAGCCCUGCGAAUUUUGCCUGACCACAAGUGGCCACACAAAGAAAUAAGAAAAACAAGUUGGGUAAAAAAUAACAACAACAACAAGAAAAACAGUCACCCAUUAUUUACAAAAUAUCAAUUCAAUCUUUAUUUUUGCUACUUUCAUCAUUCACAAAAUAAUUGUAUCCAUAAAUGUACGUUUAAGUUACAAGUUGGUAUUGCACAGUGUCGUUCUGUCUUUAGUUGAAAUGCUGAGAUGUUCAUGUGACAUGUAACAAACAUUUUCUUUUAAA